AUGGCGUCCACAACAUUGCGUGCGGUCACACACCGCCUGACCACUACGCCCGUUGAGCAAUUGCCUUCGAUAGCUUCGUUUCUUGCAACCUCGUUGAAUGAUUGCGCCGAGCUUCUGUCGGCACCGCAGAAUCAGAAACCGGGCAAAACAGACUCGGACAAUGCUGUUCAGAUCCACAAGUUGAAGACUCGCCUGGCUAGUCUGUUGCAGGAUCGCAGCGUCGAAGGACGAUGGACGGCCGUCGUCUUGGUGAAGGCAACUGUCGAGGCAGGCCAAUGGGAGAUUUUGCGGGGAUACGAGCCCAUUGUUCGCAGCUUGAUUGGUAUCCUGGCGAAGCCGGAUCCUAUCUCCACGAGAAAGAUGUGUAUUAUUACCUUGACUCGCAUUUUCCACCUCACCUACCAGUAUCCGACUCUUGUCCGUGAAAUCACAACUCCGCACCUGCCUGGGUUUGUCACUGCUGCCUUGAACCUUGUUUCAACCCUCGCCAAGCUGCCCUCAGGCUCCAGCCGCAAACCCAAACCGAAUUCGCCGUUCAUGGAGAUUGUACUUCAUGCGAUUUUGGAAUUGAUUCCUCGCCACCCUACAAUCUUCCGUCCCUUUGGUUCGCAGCUUCGUUCGUUGCUCACAGAGAUUCUUGGUGUUGCUCCGCCCAUGUUCUACCCGGAGCCGGUGGUUGAUGUCGCGGAGCAGUUGUUUGCAUCUUUGUACAAAUGCGCGCCCAAAGACAAAUCUGGCUCUGGCUGGUCCGAUGAUUGCCGCUCAACUAUACUGUCUCUUCAUCGGGCGGUUGAUCAUGUGUUCCGCGCUGUGGUGGAACAGUGGGAAUCUGUUGAUGCGUCCCUAAUUCCGACAAGAAUCAGUUACACCAAAGAAGUGGGCGAUGGAAGCGCGGACCAUCUGGGUCUGCCCAGGUGGGAAGGUAUCCAUAACGGAACUGAUAGGAUCCUCUCACUUCUGAGGAUCCUCGCUGGCUUCAUCUCCAUGCCAUCUGCCUCCGGCAUCGCCAUUCCCUUAGGAUCAAUCCUCGAUCUGACCUCGCGGCUUACCUCGGUGGUCGUUCCGGCAAAUGGGGAAGCCUCCGGGGCACGGGCUAACCCUCAGAUUGGACGGGAGGAGCGAGAGCAGCUCUGGACGGAAUUGCCUCGGAUCCACAUUGCUGUGAUGGAGUUGCUUGCGCAAGUUGUCGGCGUGCUUGAAAACAGCACUACGUCCAUCACCCAAUCCAUCUUGGAUCAAGCCACCUGGGUUUUCCGAAACGAAAAAUUCAGUAAAGAUGUUCGCUUGGCCACUUAUGGACUACUUCAGCCCCUCGUGUCAUUGAACGGGCCGGCAAUGACGAAGCAGACCAUGGCUUCCAUCUCCAAUGUCCUUCGCUCUUGCUGCCAUGAUAUCCUACCUUUGUCUGGAGACUCCGUCUCGCAAUUCAAGCCUCAAGCGGAUUCCAAAUCGAAAUCGAAGGCCGGCCCUGGCACAACCAAUGCAGACUCAUUUCUGAACCCCAACCUCCAGAACAACCGGCAGUCUCCUGAAAGCUCGAACUAUCCCGGAGGAGCAGCUUCCGGGCUCCUUCGUGCUGCGCUCUCGUCUGUUCCCUCUGAGCUUCUCACGGCCUCAGUCCGGGCUGAGAUUGACCGUGCCAUCAUCCUGACUGCCGACAAGGAUGCGAUGCUUGCCAGUGUCCUCAACCCGAUUCCAGCGUUUAAGGGUCGUGGGGCCGGUGCUAGCAUCGUUCCCUUCUUGGCCCGGAGCUACUCCGAUCAAAUGGAAAUUGAAGCUCUGAUCCGUCCUAGGAUGCCAGUUCUCAUGACUGUUCCGGAGCUUGACACGUAUGCCGCAAAUGAGGAGGGAGAGGCUGAUGAGGCCGAAGAAAUUGCUGAAGAAGCGUAUAAUACAGUACCGGCAACCGCAGGUUUCUUGAAGGCCCCUGAAGCCGAGCCUCAACAGCCCGAACCUACGCCAGCCGCGCCAUCUGUUCACAAACGGACCUACGCCGAGGAGUCUACCCUUCAGUCAUCAGGAUUCGCCUCGAUACCUGAACAAAAGCCAACUCAAACCAAGAAGGCACGAUUUGAAGAUAGUGCCUCUGCGACUGCUUCCCAGCCACCCGUCACUGUCACUCAGAUGACUAGCUCCUCAACCCUGCCUGUGCAUUAUGAGGCAUCGAGUGCACCCAAGCAGCCGCAGUUCGAAACUCAAGUUUCAACUGUUUCGACUUCAUCGCAACCUACCGCACAACUUUCUGUUGACGAUAGCGACGAUGAGCUGCCCACCUUGAACAUGGAUCCUGAUACAGAGGAUGAAGACGAUGACGAUAUCACAAUGGAAGGGUAG